AUGGCCGAAAAUCGCCGGUCUGGAAAACAGGUGUGGCUUUCUUGGGCUCCCCAGCUGUCUGGGAGCCGAUUGGGAUCCAUUGUUCGAUUGGGAGCGGCGGUGCGUGCCAACAAACUCUCGAUUGCCUCAGGGUAUGCGGAGAUUGUCGAGGCCUUUUUUAAGACCUCCCAUGGAUUUGAGGGAUUUGUCGCCGGAGAUUCACGCGGUUCUUAA